GUUUACAAACAUAACCUAGAAUAUGUCAACGUGACACUUCACGCAAUGGCUCACACAUGUUUCCAAUUAUGGAUCCCGAGGUAACCUUGACUCGAAUGUUUAUUUUGUACCGAUCACAAUAAAUUUUAUCGUUUAGUUCCAGAUCCGGUAUCCCGUUGAAGAAUCCCUUCACCAGGGAUUUGUUUUUACCUGAGUUUUGUGACAAAAGGACCCAUUCUUUCAUUUUAUUUUCGUAGUGAGACGGAAAGCGUUACACAAGUUUGAAACGCGUGGGACCCCUUCGAGAUCUACCGUUGACUGAGUUUAUAGAUAGUCAAACUUUUUAUCUUCUGUUAUGAUUGUGCAAAUAUAUUGAGUAUCAUUCUAAAAAGUAUGACCAAACAGAAAUUAUUUCUUAAAUGUGGGGGAAGCAGUGAAACACGCUCAUUUUUCUCUCGAAACAGUAAACUAGGCCAUUCGAUCAUCAAUAGUUCCUACAAACUGAUAAGCAGAUAUUCAUUUAGUUGAGGCCUUAACGUUAAAUAAACAAACAUAUUUUGAAAUGGAGAUCUUAGUUGGAGGCUUAGCGGCAGCAUCUGCUGGGAUAUUAACGAAUCCUCUAGAAGUUUUAAAAAUUCGAAUGCAACUGCAAGGAGAACUACAAAAGAAGGGACAGCAUGCCAUUCAUUAUAAGAAUAUUUUCCAUGCCAGUUAUAUGAUUGUUAAGAAUGAGGGAGUUCUUUCCCUUCAAAAAGGGUUGGUACCAGCUCUGUGGGUGCAGUUCAUCAUGAAUGGAUUCAGAUUUGGUACAUACCAUUACGCCGACAAAAACGGAUAUUUGAGAGAUGAAAAAGGUAAUUUAGUUCUGUACAAAAAUAUUUUCAUCAGUGGAAUGGGUGGGGUCGUCGGACAUUACUUAUCAAACCCCUUCUUCAUGGUAAAAACGCGUAUGCAAUCCAAAGCAGCGGAAUCUAUAGCUGUAGGUUACCAACAUCAACAAAAGGGAUCAUUACUUGCUUUGAGAGACAUCUUUAAAGAAUAUGGGUUGAAGGGAUUCUUUAGAGGAGGCGUGGCUGUUUUCCCGAGAGCUUUCGUAGCUUCUGUAUCACAGUUGACAACUUUCACAUAUACAAAACGCUAUUUAGGCAAAUAUGAGUAUCUCCAGGAUAAAAAAAUACUCACCUCUUUUAUUGCUAGUAUGAUAGGAGGUAUUGCAAUCAGUGUUCUGGUGACGCCUUUCGAUUUAAUUUUGACCAGACUCUAUAAUCAACCUGUCGAUAAUUUGGGACGUGGGUUGUUGUACAAUAAUUACCUGGACUGUGUUUCGAGGAUUUAUAGAAUAGAAGGAAUAUCGGCAUUUUACAAAGGGGUCGGACCCAUGUACUUCAGAUUAGGACCCCAUUCUGUUUUAUCCCUGAUGUUUUGGGAUAAGUUUAGAGAGUGGUAUGACUAUUUGAGAGUAAUGAGAGAAUCCAGAUGAGAGAUAGAAAAUUUUGAGACAAUAUUCAAUUUUUGUAAAUACGACUGACUAGAAUGAUUAGAACGUGUAUUCGUGGGCAUUAUUUCAUUGAAUAUAGGUUAUGAUCAAAUUCGACAUGACUUAAGAAAUCUUAUCCAUGUUUCACUUAAUUUUAACUUUUUUCUUGUUCCUUUUUCGUUUUGUUAGCGGAAUAAUUAGAAAAUUCGAAUAAGCAGAUUACUGUAUCGACUUUUGAUGACGAAAACUUGAUUUUUCACCAUUAUG